AUGUCGUAUACCACUCGUUUACUUCUGAACCCCGUUGCCGCCACCUGCGGCCCCGUCGCCGCCACCUGCGGCCCCGUCGCCGCCACCUGCGGCCCCGUUGCCGCCACCUGCGGCCCCGUCGCCUCCACCUGCGGCCCCGUCGCCGCCACCUGCGGCCCUGUCGCCGCCACCUGCGGCCACGCAACCACCACCUGCGGCCCCGCCGCCACCUGCGGCCCCGUCGCCGCCACCUGCGGCCCCGCCGCCACCUACGGCCCCGUCACCGCCACCUGCGGCCCCGUCGCCGCCACCUGCGGCCCCAUCGCCGUCACCUGCGGCCCCGUCGCCCUCCCCUAG